GGAAAGCAAGUAGUGGAAUAUUGUUUUUCUAAAGCACUUUCCCUGAGGACCGUGGAGCUUUACGAUUCACGGGACUCCAGCGCAUGUUUUCCAUUAGUCAUUUCCAUAACUGUAACAGGACUUCAGAAAGUCUGUCUGACUCUGAUAUCUCUCAAAGUCUCAUUGGCUUAAAGAACAGCUUGACCAUCGACAACAUCACAGUAAACAUAGGCGCGCGACAGUUGAAGGGAGCUCAUCAUAAAGCGCACCAUGCGCGCGCUUCUCUUACUGUUCAUCUAUGUCCUGUCAACGGCCAGCGCACAGGAGCCUGAUCAUGCCCACGGCUGCACCCAUGGAAGCUGUUACCCUGCAACCGGCGACCUCUUGGUGGGGCGGGAAAUGAACUUGAAAGCAUCGUCCACCUGCGGCCUGCGAAGGAGAGAACCCUACUGCAUUGUCAGCCAUCUGCAGGAAGAGAAGAAGUGUUUCCACUGUGAUUCACGGCGACCUUAUGAUCCUUAUUCAAACCCCAUCAGUCACCGCAUCGAGAAUGUCAUCACCACCUUCAAACCACACCGCAAGAAGUCCUGGUGGCAGUCCGAGAAUGGGAAGUCUGACGUUUACCUUCAGCUGGACCUGGAGGCAGAGUUUCACUUUACUCAUCUCAUCAUGACAUUUAAGACUUUCCGUCCGGCAGCCAUGUUGAUCGAGCGAUCUGCAGAUUUUGGUCGAACCUGGCAGGUGUACCGUUACUUCUCUUCCGACUGUGAGUCCAACUUCCCGGGAAUUUCUCAGAGUCCUCUUCGUAAGGUUGAUGAUGUUAUCUGCGAAUCCAGAUAUUCGGACAUCGAGCCAUCAACAGAAGGAGAGGUGAUUUAUCGUGUUCUUGACCCUGCUAUUCGGAUCGAAGACCCUUACAGCCCUAACAUUCAGAACCAGCUAAAAAUCACUAAUCUCCGUCUGAACUUCACCAAGCUGCACACUCUGGGUGAUAAUCUGCUGGACUCACGGCCCGAGAUCAAAGAGAAAUACUACUAUGCCAUGUAUGAGCUGGUUGUCAGGGGCAACUGCUUUUGCUAUGGCCACGCCUCCGAGUGUGCUCCUAUCGACGGCAUCAGGGAUGACAUUGAGGGCAUGGUACACGGGAGGUGUGUGUGCAAACACAACACGAAUGGGUUGAACUGUGAAAAGUGUGAUGACUUCUAUAAUGACCUGCCCUGGAGACCAGCUGAGGGCCGUAACACCAACGCCUGCAAGAAAUGCAACUGUAACGGUCACUCCAACAAGUGUCAUUUUGACAUGGCGGUGUAUCUGGCUACUGGAAAAGUCAGUGGAGGAGUGUGUGACAACUGUCUCCACAACACCAUGGGCCGCAACUGUGAGACCUGUAAACCUUUUUACUAUCAGGAUCCAAUGAGAGACAUCAGAGACCCUGGGGUCUGCGUGGCCUGCGACUGUGACCCAGAUGGUUCUCUGAACGGUGGCAUUUGUGACGGGCAUGAUGACCCCUCUUCGCGCAUGAUUGCUGGGCAGUGUCGUUGUAAAGACAACGUUGAAGGCCCACGCUGUGAUAAAUGCAAGCCUGGUUUCUUUGGACUCAGUGCUAGCGACCCUCGUGGCUGCCAACCAUGUAAAUGUGACCCCAGGGGUACAGUGUCCGGGAGCUCUCAGUGUGACCCUGUUAGUGGAGACUGCUUCUGUAAACGCCUGGUCACUGGACACAGCUGCAACCAAUGUCUGCCUGAGCACUGGGCCCUGAGUCAUGAUGCCAUUGGCUGCAGAGGGUGUGACUGUGAUGUGGGUGGAGCUACAGACAACCAAUGCUCAAUGGAAACAGGACAGUGUCACUGUCGGAGUCACAUGAUUGGACGCCAGUGUAACCAGGUGAAGUCUGGGUAUUUCUUUAUGGCCCUCGACCACUACAUCUAUGAGGCUGAAAAUGCCAAACUGGGUCAAGGCUCUGCAUUUGAGGAAAGAGAGUACCAGCCGGGCCGUCCCGUCUCGUGGACAGGCACUGGGUUUGCACGGGCUCCUGAAGGAGGUACGCUGGAGUUCGCCAUUAACAACAUUCCAUAUUCUAUGGAAUAUGACAUCCUCAUUCGCUAUGAGCUUCAGAUGCCACGGGACUGGCAGGAAGUCCGUGUUAUGGUGAUUAGACCAGGCCCCAUACCUACCAGCAGUCCAUGUGGAAACACCAUCCCUGCAGAUGAUCUGCUAACCGUAUCGCUCCCCUCUGGUGCCAGGUUUGUGGUUCUGCCUCAGACGGUGUGUUUGGAGAGAGGAGUGAGUUACAAACUGCGUGUGGAGUUCAUUCGUUUCGCUGACCGGAACAGCAUCACUACCUCCACUAAUGCCUUUGUACUUGUUGACUCUAUUGCCCUUCUCCCUCGUUACUCUUCUCUAGAGAUGUUUACCGCGGGAGACCCUGCCUCCGUCACGCGGAAGCAGAGCUAUGAGCGUUACCGCUGCCACGAGACUGCCAAGAGUGUGUCCCGCCCACAGAUGAGUGAAGUGUGUGCUAAACUCAUCACCAGCAUGUCUGCCCUCAUUAACGACGGCGCGCUGCCUUGUGAGUGCGAUCCUCAGGGUUCGCUCAGCUCAGAGUGUGAUGUCCGUGGUGGUCAGUGCCGCUGCAGGCCCAACAUAUCAGGCCGCCGCUGUGAUAAAUGUGCACCGGGGGCUUAUGGCUUUGGCCCUUCCGGAUGCAAACUUUGUGAAUGUAGUUUGGAGGGCUCUCAGAGCCGUUUCUGUGACCAGUACACAGGACAGUGUCCAUGCCGGCCUGGUGCAUUUGGUCAGCGCUGUGAUGGUUGUCAGGCUGGACACUGGGGCUUCCCAAACUGCAGGUCUUGCCAAUGUAAUGGCCAGGCUGAUGAGUGCCACCAGAGGACUGGAGCCUGUCUCAACUGCAGAAGCAAUACAGCAGGAGACCAGUGUGAAAGAUGUGCUAAUGGUUACUAUGGAAACCCAGCCAUUGGUUUAGGGAGUCAGUGUCGACCAUGCCCCUGUCCUGAGGGCCCCAACAGUGGACGCCACUUUGCCGCCUCAUGUUAUCAAGACAACCGCAACCAACAGGUGGUCUGCAACUGUAACCAGGGUUACACAGGUCCACGUUGUGAAGAAUGUGCUCCUGGUUAUUACGGUGACCCCUCUAGGCCCGGUGGGCAGUGCCAACCUUGUCGUUGCAGUAACAACAUCGACCUAUCGGAUCCUGAGGCAUGUGACAAGCGUACUGGCCAGUGCCUCAAAUGCCUGUACAACACUGAAGGACCGGACUGCAGUGUGUGCAAGAGCGGAUACUAUGGAGAUGCUUCCCGCCGCAACUGCCGGAAGUGCACCUGCAACUUCUUGGGCACGGAGCGUAGUCAGUGUCUGUCUCGAGAUGACUGUGUGUGCCAGCGUGCCACAGGACAGUGCCAGUGUCUACCUCAUGUUAUUGGACAAACUUGUGAUCACUGCGCUCCCAACUACUGGAACCUGGCAAGUGGGCGAGGCUGUGAGCCCUGUGGGUGUGACCCCAACAAUGCCUACACAUCUGCCUGUAAUGAGGUACCCUUGACUCACAAAUACUACACACACUCAGGGCAAACGGUCUUCCAUAUGAACAUUUUUGCUUCACAAUUAAUCAUAAUUCACCAAAAUCCUAUUGAUUUGGUUACUUCUCCUCCCACAGCAUGUGACUGUGACCCCCGUGGCAUCGAGUCAUCUCAGUGCAACCGUGUGACCGGUCAUUGCGUGUGCCAGCAGGGAGUGUCAGGCGUUCGCUGUGAUCAAUGUGCCCGUGGCUUCUCUGGCACCUUCCCUGAUUGCAAGCCUUGCCACCAGUGCUUUGGGGACUGGGACCGCAUAGUUCAGGAUCUGACGACCAGAACCAAAGCUCUCACAGAUCGAGCCAAGGAGCUCCACACUACCGGCUUGACUCGAGCCUUCGAGAGAAAAUUUAAAGAGUUGGAGGACAUGCUGGCUCAGGUGCGGGACAUUGUUAAUGCCCGCAAUGGCACCGCUGAAGCUGUGACCGUUCUGAUGGGCAUGAUAGAGGAUCUCAGAGCUCAGAUUGGUGAGACCACGGACACACUGAACCAGCUGGAGGGAGACCUGACUGCUGUGCAGGACAGUAACUAUGAGGCCAGUAAUGCGCUAAGUACCCUGGAGAGGGAAGCGAAAGAGCUCAACCUGAACUCAGAUCAGCUUAACCGUCAGCUUGACAUCCUCAAGAACUCCAACUUCUUGGGUGCAUAUGACAGCAUACGAGCCUCGUACAACAAGUCACGUGACGCAGAGCAUCGUGCCAACAGAUCUACCUCUGACAUUCCCAGCACAGUGAGCCAAUCAGCAGACACCCGCAAGAAAACAGAGCGACUGAUUGCCCAAAAGAGAGAUGAUUUUAACCGCAAAAACGCUGCCAACAAACGUACACUCACAGACUUAAAUGCGAAAGCUCAAAAUCUGGACAUCAAGAAAAUCAAUGAAAAGGUGUGUGGAGCACCGGGUGAUGCUCCAUGUAUGGACAGCCCUUGUGGUGGUGCUGGUUGUCGUGAUGAUGAGGGAAAACGCCACUGUGGAGGUCUGAAUUGCAAUGGAGCUGUUGCAGUGGCCAACAAUGCCCUGGAUAGAUCCAAGCAUGCAGAAAAAGAGUUGGAUAAAGCUAUGGGAGUGGUGGAAGAGCUUUUUAAGCAGGUGGCAGAUGCUAAGACCAAGGCUCAGGAAGCUAAGGAUAGAGCCCAGGCAGCUUUGGAAAAAGCUAGUGAUACCAAGAACAAGGUGGAUCAUUCUAACAACGACCUGAGGGACCUCAUCAAACAAAUUCGUGAAUUUCUUAUGCAAGAGGGGGCAGAUCCUGACAGCAUUGAGGCAGUGGCCAAUCGGGUGCUGGAACUAUCUAUCCCUGCUUCUCCCGAGCAGAUUCGACAUCUCGCAGAUGAGAUUAAAGACCGUGUCAAGAGUCUGUCCAAUGUAGACGCCAUUCUUGAGCAGACCCAGAAUGACGUCCGCAAAGCAGAACAGCUGCUGCUGGAUGCCAAGAAAGCCAGGAAUAAGGCAGAGGGAGUGAAGAGCACAGCUGAGAGUGUGAAAAAGGCCUUGAAUGAUGCCACCAGGGCCCAGGCAGCUGCAGAGAAGGCCAUUCAGAAAGCUAGAAAUGACAUUGGCUUAACUCAGAACCAGCUGGUACAGAUCCAGUCAGAGACCACAGCUCGUGAGAGAGAUCUUAAUGAUGCCAUGGACAGGCUGGGAGAUCUGGGACGCCAAAUAGAGGCCUUAAAGACCAAACGCGCCAACAACAGCCUGGAUGCAGCACGGGCGGAGGAGACUGCCACCAUGGCCCGAGACAAGGCCAAUGAAGCUAAAGAGAUCCUGGAUGGCGAGCUGUCCGAUAAGUACCGUACUGUUCAGGGUCUGAUGGACAGUAAGGCGAAGACAAUGCAGGACGCCAAGCAGAAAGCAGAGCGCCUGAGAGAAGAAGCGAAGGAGCUGCUAAAGGAUGCCCAGGAUAAACUGCAGAGGCUGGCGGAGCUUGAAAAGGACUAUGAGGAAAACCAGAAGGUAUUGGAAGGCAAAGCCAGGCAGCUGGAUGGCCUAGAAGAUAAAAUGAAGGCAAUCCUGCAUGCCAUCAAUAAACAGAUACAGAUCUACAACACCUGUCAAUAAUCCGUCACAGAAAGGAAGCCCAUCAGCUGGACUGCUGCUGUCUCUGAAAUUUCACUACUGUCUGAAAGGAUCUGCCAUUUUCAUGACUUUUUUUCCCCAGGCUGCUACAACAAUUGCCGUUUGCCAACAAACCUGCAAUGCCAAACUGCCACCAGACACGAUGUCUGCAACAAAUGUUGUUUUAAUGAAGGGCUUUUGUCAAAAGACACUACAUUAACCUAUUUUCAUUACGGAGUCGAAUGAAAUGCAGAUAUUCACAUGUGUUUUGUAAGGCAGAGCAGUAUUCUACUUUCUUGUCAUUAGAAAUUUGCUUGUAAAAUACUGUAUGAUGAAGUUACUGAGUUUGCUUGAAUGUAAAAGACACUGAAUCGUGGCACAGAAGUUGUAGUGUUUAGAUUUUCUGCUUGCCCUUUUUCUUUUAAAACAGGUAUUGCUUGGUAUUUGAUUUUAAUGAUAUUUUAACACUCUCAUUUUCUAAUGAGAAACACUUUACAUUUGUUGUCUUCUAAGAAAAGUUUCUAUAAUAGGCUGAAUAUCUGUCUAAGAGAAACUACUGUAAGAAUAGACUUACAAAGACAUUGUUAAAUGAAGUAAAAUGAGUUGUUGUUUACUGGUUGUGUAUCAUGUACAUUGAUGUACAUCAUGAUUGUUCUUAUGAGUAUCAAAACCAACAAUAACAAUUAAUAAAAAAUAAAAAGUAAUAAUA